CGUCUUGUCAAAUCGCGUACGCGGACUAUGUGGAUGCAGCGGAGCACAGAGGUCAUUGGUGACCACAGCACUGGCAAUGAGACACUUGUAUUCAUGCCCAUGGCCAGGUCGUGACCAGUCGAUCCCAGCAAAAAUCCUAACGUCCACCACCGAGCGAAGGACAUGGAAAAUUCACAUUUCGGGUCAUGAUAUUACGGCUACAUGGCGUCCAAAAUCGCUAGCAAGAGCCUGCCCUCGAUUGUUGCAUUCGUCAGCGUACUGAUAUUGAAAGGAAUAUAUGCUAUUGAAGAUUUAAGUUUCACUCAGGAGCCCAGCGGCACGGUCGUGCUGCGCAACCAGCUGCUGACCCUCGGCUGCAGCGUAACGGGCCUGCCGCCACUGACCGUCCAGUGGCUGUACAACGGCCAGCCCAUCAGCCCCAGCGAGGACCGGCAUGUCUUGGCCAACGGCUCCUUGUUUCUACCGAGCGUGCUUCCAAAGCGUGACAGCGGAGAGUACCAGUGUUGCGUGUCCAACGAGGUGGGCAGAAUUUGCAGUUGUCCGGCAACAGUCACAGUUUCUAAUGUACCAAGAUACAGUGUUGUCCAGCUGCCCGACACUGUCCAGAGGGGUGGAGUCCUGAGGUUGGAAUGCUCAUCAGAAGGGGCUCUUCCCAUUUCAGGGGUGAUAUGGAAGCUGGGCAAGGCCUUGGUCUCUGAGGAUCAGAGAAAAAACAUUUUGCCCAGCGGAGUCCUUCAGGUGUCCAGCGUGGAGACCGGCGAUGCGGGUAACUACCGGUGCUUGACCAAUAACGUGGCCGAGCGUCGGAUCAAGAGUCCCUCCUACAGCGUGCUGGUGCAGGAGCCCGCGGUCCCGCUGGACGACAGUCGAGGACCGGUCAUCGUGGGGAGUCCCCGAGAUCACCGCGUCCUGGAAGGAGAGACGGUCCUCUUUGAGUGCUUCGCCGACGGCGGGGCCUUACGAGUAACGUGGAGUCGAGAGGAUGGCCGACCAAUCAGAACGCAGGAUGUAAACUACCUCGGGGGAAGCAAUCUCCAGCUGCUGAAGGUGACAGCAGAGGACGAAGCGGUGUACGUCUGCACCGCCGAGAACACCGCAACUGGGGUCUCUGUGCAGGCGCAGGCCCAGCUGUUCAUUGUGGUGCCUCCAGCAUUCAGGGUGUCGCCCACUCGCUUCUUUGGUCCCCUGGGCAGCACGGUCCGGUUCUCCUGCUCGGCGACGGGCAUACCCGCCCCAACCAUCCGCUGGUUGCACAACGGCAACCCGGCAGCCCUGGACUCACGGGUGGUCCAGCAACCCUCGGACGACCUGGUCUUCAUCGGGGUCCGCCGGCAGGACAUGGGCACUGUCCAGUGCGUGGCGGAGAACAAGGGGGGUAGCAUACAGGCCGGGGCCGAGCUGGAAGUCCGCAUUGAUGGCAACCCGCCGGAUCCUCCCCAGAACAUCCGCCUGUUGUCCGUCAACCCCAACACGGUCAUGGUGACCUGGACGCCUCCAACGCGGCUACGCAGCCAAAUCAUCGCCUACAGCGUCCACUACAAGGCCGUCAAAGAUGGCAUUGGUCAGCAAGCGAUACAUGACUCUGAGGACACGCAGGUCAUGAUCGAGGACUUGAGCCCUCACACCAACUACUCCUUCUAUAUGCAGUCGUGGACCACCAACGGACCCAGCGAGGAGUCCAAGCGGCAUUACAUUCUCACGGAGCAGUCAAGGCCCUCCUUUGCGCCCAGAUUCACGGCGGCCAGCAACACCCCAACCACGGUCACCUUGAACUGGCAGCCGUUGCCGGACAAGUUCCGGCACGGUGUCAUCGUGCGCUACCGCAUCACAGUGCGGGAGACCGGCGAGACACAGUCGCAGGACACGAUGGUCAACAACGCCUCCCUGACGGAGUUCACCGUGGAGGGGUUGCUGGCGGGGCAGAUCUACCAGGUGCGCAUGGCGGCCGCCACCACCGAAGGGUUCGGCGUCAGUUCAGACUGGGUGACGGUGCAGACCCGCGUCCCCGGCGAUUUGCGGCCAGAGGCACCACAGUUCGAGACGGUGAAUCUCAAUUUCACCACCAUCAGCGUCCGUCCCCAUCCGCCCCAGCCCUCGGAAAUGAACCUCCUGGGCCUGAAGCUCUUCUACUCGGUGUACGAUGCCGACAGCGGGCUUGGCGCGGCCACGGAACCGAUCUUGCUGCCUCUCAACACCACUGAGUAUAUCAUCACUGGUUUAGAGCCAGAUACGACCUACGUCAUCAAACUGCUAGCCUACACAAUUGCCAGUGACGGACAUGAGACUGUACAGGACGUCAGAACCACCUCAAAGCCAGGCGUUCCUAACCAGUUCCUCGAGUCCCCCACCAGUCUGGCUGUGCAGUCCCUCAGCUCCCGGGCCGUGAGGCUGAGCUGGCAGGCGCCGGUCACCAACCAGCUGGUCACUGGCUACAUCGUGCGCUACUGGCCGCAGGGGAACCGGUCGCAGACGGAGCUGCCCAUCCAACUGGACCUAGAGAAGAAUAACAGCAUCAGUGAGUUGAUCUUGGAAGGUCUGGACCCCUUCACCACGUAUGUGUUUGAUGUGUGCUCAGUCAGCACAAAGCUGUCGGGACCGUUCUGUGACGCCAGAGUUGCAAAAACCUUAGAAGACCGCCCGUCCACCCCUCCCGAGGACAUCCUAGCCAAGCCCCUGGACCCCCACGCCGUGGAGCUUCAAUGGCAGCCCCCUAUGCAGCCCAACGGUAUCAUCACCCACUAUGUCAUCCUGUAUGAUGAGGACGUCAGCAAGCCGGAAGACACAUGGCACUCACAGGCCAGAAAUGGCACCGCCCACCACUCGACUGUGGAUGGCCUAGCCAGCGAUACUAAGUAUUACUUCAAGGUACGGGCUGGCACUCAGGUGGGAGAAGGCCCCCCAACCAACACUGUGGCUGCUCAGACGCUGACUGCUAAGACAGGUGUAGGCAGCAAGCCGUGGCAGGAGAGCAUGCUGAUUGGUGUCUGCUCGGCGUUCGUCCUGAUUGUGAUGCUAGUGUUUGUUGUCAUCUGCAAGAAAAGGGGUCUCCUUAAGCAAGCCCACCCCAACGCGUCCUGCCACAACCACACCGGCGGUGCCAACAGCGCGGUGUGCACGGGCUACGCGGCCAGGCCCAGCCCCGACGGCAGGAUGUACGUCAUGGGGUCCGGGGACGGCACGGAACAGAACGGCUUCAUCCCGAUGAGGUCGGUGCUUCCGCAGCCCAGCAACCUGGACACAAAGGGCGGCACCCCUCUGAUCAUCAACGGCAACGGUCCCGUCCGGUCCCACUACCAUCACCACGGCCCCGCCGGUGGGGUGGGUAUGGUCAUCCCCUCCCGGUUCCCCAGACCCCCGGGACCGUGCAGCGCUGACCCCGAUGCCUCCAGUAUGGCACUCCUCCCCGGCAGCGAGAGCGUCACUAACUCUGACUUGGGGGAGGACAACUCUCAGGGCAAAUCAGAAGCCAGCAGCAGUUCCGGCGGCUUCUCCGCAUUCUCUCAGGAUCCUAACCACCGCACAGUGGCCAAAUUACCUCAUUGCAGUAGCUGUUGCCUCGGCCCCUGUCCCCAGCUCUCCGAUUCCUCGACGGGUUCCUACGGCGAACCCAUGAUGGGGUCAAAGGUCACCAGGGUACUGCCCUCCUCACCAUCGCCACCAUCACCACAACAACCUCUCCCACAAUCUCAGGGUGUCUGCCACGCCGCGCAUACGGGUGUUAAUAUUUGCGGCGGUGGCGGCGGCAACGGAAGCUGCGAAGGCUCAGGGUCCAGCGGGUAUUAUUCAGACGGGAGGUCGCCGCCGGGCUGUCGCUCCUCGCCCCCGGCCCCCGGCCUGCCCAGGAACGAACUGACGUGGCCCAGACACACGGGCCGAGUUCUGGGCAAGGCCGAGGGGACAGGGGGUAGAACAGGACCGUCAUCUGUCUGGGAGAAGCAGACUGUCAGUGACGGGGUCAUCAGUCCCAGCGGGCAGAGCACCAACGCUGCGCCGUCGGCCUGCGCCAGCAGCAACGGAGCCCUCGGGGAUCACGGGUCAACGGAUCCCGAGUCGUUGGGGCAGGACACCAGCCCGGACUUCCUCGACCGCGUCCUGGACGAGUUAAGCUCAGGGUCUUGUUCAACCACUGUCUAAGAAGGAGAGAAAAAGACAAAAAAAUGCGCAGAGAUGACGAAGAGAGAGAGAGAUAAAUUUAUAUAACCGAUCUACCUGAUAUGUACCAUUGUACAUUGUAUUUGGAGUAUCAGUUUGGUGCCGCAAUUUGUGUGUUUGGCAUAAAACAAUACACUUGCUCAGGACCAUGCCAUUCACCAGGGCACAAAUCAAACUGAAAUUGUUUUUGUAUUAAAAAAUGAAGAACUAUUAAACCGACACACGGCCGAUGGACAAUAUGCGAGACCGGCCAACUUAGUGGAUUGGCGCCGCUAUUUCGGACUCCACAAGAGAGUGGAAGUUUUGCAGACAGCUGAGAAUAUGUUUAAAGGUUAAACAAACACCACAUUUGCAUUGAUGAUGUGAAACAGUAAUUUAAAGGAAACUCCCGGUGUGUUUUUGUAAACCGCCGGAAACUGUGCGACGUUUCGCCGAGUGAAAGGGACGAAAGGACAAAACUUGAAGCCGCACGCCUGAUCUGACCUCCCAGAAAUCACUACGGGUUUGAAGUAGUGACCUCUUCAUAGCUGCUAUUGUUACAUGUCCAGAUGGAAUGUACAUCUAUUUACUGAAAUUUGUAUUAUUAUUAUUAUUACUAUUAUUAUUAUCGUUUGCGUUGUUUUUGCUUUUAAUGUAAAUGUAUUAAUUUGAUUUUUUUUUUUAUUUUAGGUAUUAAUAUGUAUUUAUCAUGUUCAGUUUGAAGUCGGGUUGUUCUGUGUAUCACAAGGAUUGAAUGGUAAAUCCCUACGCGGGCAAGAAAUUUUUCAUCAGUGAAAUCUCAAUUUUUAGAGAUUGAGUCUCGUUUUGGCUUGUAAGAGUAAAUAUUAACUGCGGGUAUAUGUGGACAACUCCUCAAUUCAUUUUCAAGAGGAGUGAACAACUUUCCCCGAUCCGUGCCGAAAUUUUGGGAAAGUUUACGCAAGAGUAUUCAAAUGAAAACAUGAAAUAACCAUUUUUGUGCUGCUAAAAUUGUUAUUUAUUUAUAAGCUUGUUUGGUUGACGUUUCGGGGUCUUCUGUUUCAUAACAGUAUUUGUGAUUCGGGAAAAAAACAAGUAUCUCAUGGAUUCUGCUUAAUAUUCUACCUGCCAAUCACUUUGCGGUGAAGACAAAGUUGGUUUAUAACGGACGGGUUUAUAGCCAAGGUGGCAUUGCUUAGCUGCGCUGAUCUACAUGAUCUAUUCAGAUAUACUACCGGAGUGGAAGUUUGUAACUGUCUGAUAUAAUUUAUCACUUUCUAUUGAUUGUAUUAAUAUGCCAAGAAAAAAAUUGAGGAAAAAAAAAAGUUGCGCAUUAAAAGUGUGAAAAACAUCUAACAUUGGUGCAGAUGCUGCCAAAUUGAAAUAUUGAACUGCAGAAAGCAACAUAUCAAGAUGCGUAGGGGAGUCCUUUUUUGUCCCCCCAAAAAAUUUACCUCUAUCAUAAGUUUUCCCAUAUCAUUUAAUCACAAUCGUUUUGAUUGUGAACUUCGUGCCUAGUGCCUACAACACGCAAUCUUUCACGGUCGCGGUGGGGAUUGUGUGGGACAAAACUUGUAUUACCUCAAAAAUUUGUAGUUAGCAGAGACGCUCCGUUUGUUUAUGAGAGGUGUGGUAUUCAAGCAUAAUCUACUCGUGUUUAUUGCAAGUUGUUGAAAUCCGUGAAGCAUGUCCAUUCCCCUUGGAGUUGUUCAAAGUCGACGUUCGGAUGAAGUUACAAUAACCAGCAAACGAUAUAUUCUUGAUGCCAGUGAAAUCUUCAAUAAUACUUGAACCGUAUCGGCAAUAGAGCGUGCGAGUUGGCCUCAAAACCUGCAAGAUUUUACGGGAAUACAGUACAUCCUGGUAUCAUUAUAUGAUCCAUGAUGUGUAACAUCCUACUUUUUUGGCAAUAAUUUUGCGUUCCGACUAGGCUUAUCCAGUCAAGGGUAACAGACGGACUCUGCGAAGGGAAAGAAAUCAUAACAAUUUAUAAGAUAUUGGAAAUACUGCACAAUUGAUGAGAAUAGCACAAUGAAAACUGUUGACCUCAACUUCCGUUUAAUCAAUCACGCUGAUAUAUACGGGAGUCUGUGACUAGACUAGUCAGUGUUUGGUACCGAGACGUUCACGUGGAAAGCGAGCGUGAAUUAGCGAGACUCGCACCCUCUAUUGCAAAUUUGUUUUCAAUCGUCCAUGUAGUUGCAUUUACAAACAGUCAUCUCUUCCCCCGACAAACCUCUUGUUUAGCGGCAUCAUAAAUCCACCCACAUGCUCCUAAACUGACUCUUUUUUCAGCGUGUAUAUACAUUUACACAUGUAACGGCGGUAAUAUAUCUAAAACAAAUCAUUGUAGUAAUAUACCGAUUGUUUAAGAAAGAAAAAAAAGUAAAGUUGCAUGUUGUGUUCGUUUUGCACCUCUUUACAACUGAUAUACGGUUUUAGUCAUUUUAUACACUUUUUGUCUUAUUUUUAUUCAGUUGUUGUUUAUUAUUCUUCUUUUUUGGUAUGCAUCCUUUUCGUUAUUUGAGGAAAAGGUUAACUCUACCUCAGAAAUUAAAAAAAAGAAAAAGUGUUACAUAUGCGACUCAGGGAAACAUGAUGUAUGAUACAUUAUUAUACAAUUUAUAUCUUAAGAAAAAAAAGCUAAAAAAAAAUAACAUUGUACAGAUAAUUGUUCAUGUAUUCUUUGUCACGUGUUUUAUCCACACACACAAAAAGUAGAUUUUUUUUUCGGUGACGAUAUGCUAAUGGUUUUUGAAUAUUCAGGUGCACUUUACAAUAGCUUGAGUGUAAAAUAGUAUUGUAGCGCAGUUUGGAUGGGGUCCGUGAUGGUAAUCAAUUGUGGCCGGGUACCGGUAUCUCUUCCUCCAAAAAUACAAACCUUUCUUGGGGGGGGGGGGGGGGGAUAGUUGAAAUAUAUACUCCGCUCUAGAAGUAAAUAUAAUAUAUCAACAAUUUUUGUUGUGGCUCAGAGAGAUGAACUCAAAUAUUCAAACAGUUCUCUGUCAGUUUCGGAUAGAUAUGUCACAAAUUUGAAGUUUCGUGGGGAUUUUUGUCACCCGGCCUCUAUUUUAUUGUGAAUCCAGCAUGUUCCCUGUCCAAGACUGCUUUAGUGCAUGCGUGACCACUUUGUGUCUGGUUUGUGGCAUUCUCUCAUCAUCAGGUGUUUGUAAAUUUCUUGCACAAUUAGAAACACACAUCAAAACCGAACUGUAUUCAAUGACGGGUAUUCAUGUUUGCCACGGUAGCACUUGUGUAUCUUGUACAAACAACAAAAUUGUCAUCAAGUUUUUCUAACAAUGAGAAUUAAUUUGGCAUUGUAAUAACUACUGUUCGCUAGUUAUUAUGAAACUGUAAACGGUUAUUCUAUUUCAGGUUAAUACGCUCUGUUCAAGUGUGGCCCAAGUCCGUCAAGAAUUCAAGAAUUCAACGAUUGUUUCAUUCACACUUCUACUUGAAAAAUUUACCUCACUUCGAUAAAGUAAACGUAAGUCAUACUCUGUACAGAAACAUUCAUAUUUUAUUCUUUUUUUUCCCCUCACGUUGCAAUCAUGUAAAGCUGCCCAGCUUUUGAUUAAAAACAAACAAACAGUUAUAUCAGGUGUCUCGGAAGAAAAGAAAUGUAUUUCUAUAAUCAUUCACGAAUCAACUUUUUACAAAAGCGACAUAUUUAUUGCGCCCAAAAUGUUCAUGCUCGAUCACACUUUUGCUAAUCGUAAUUUUGCUACGUUUGUGAAGUUAUGACAUCUGCCGUUCUCUCCACAAUGUCUUGUUCCAGUCAGGAUGAUGUAAUUACCAUAUAUCAAAGUUAACUUGUACAGCUAAUUUUGGAACCUUUUUUUUUAAAUUUUUAUUUUUUGAAUUGUAUGUUCUGUUAUCAGACCCUGGUACAUUGUAAUGUGUGCCCUCAUUUUUCAUCGAUCAAUGCAGUUUUCUUUUUCUGUGUGUGUUUUGUCUCUUUUUUUGUCUUUUUUUUUUUGAAUAAACAUCAUACACACAACUACCUCAAGAAUAGUAAAAAAAAAACAGGUUUAUUUGCAAGCCUAUCCUAAUUUGAGAGCGUAAAUUGUAUGACACAAAUGAAUGUCGCACCUGUGUCCAUAUGAGUUCAUUAGAAUUGUUUGUUUAUUUCUGUUUCUUUUUUCUAGUUUUGUUUUGGGUUGGUUUUUUUGGGGGGGGGGUCUCUGAGAUUUUUUCUUCCCAGUUGAACCAAAACCUUGAUGCACAAAUCAUGUUACUUUUAUGUUCACAUAUCCGUUUCAAAUAUGUGUGUCAAAUACGUCCCUGUUAUUCCCCUAUCGAGAUUCAGAGUGAUAUCCAUGUGUAUAUUGUUUAAGAUGUGUUUAAAAAAAAAAUAAUAAUAAUUAAUUACGUACGUUUUUGUUUCAAUGCAUUUAUCUUCCAUAGCAUUUGGUGUUAUAAAACUGUUACCGUCUCCAAAUUGUACCUGUGUCUAGUAACGUAAACCACGAUGUAAAUAAAGCCCAUUGUUUUUAACAUCUCUCCGGUUGACUCUGUUGCCGCGUCGACCUGAAGUUUGCCCGGAUAUUUUUUAAACGCGGAAAGGCUUCCGAUUGGCCGCGACUUGUUUUUGUCUUUUUUUUAUUUUGUGACGGCCUGGAGGAGGCCAGACGUAAAAUACGGGUAUAAUGUAAAAACAACGGGCCAACAUUCAGGUCUUCAACGGCAACAGCGGUCAACUGGAUUUCUUUUCUUAAAGUUUACAGUUAUUCAGAUAAACAUGCUUGUUGAGUCCCUUGUUUUGUUCCUUGAAUCGUUUACGCGGACCGUUUUUUUCCCCUUUUGGUUUGUAUUAAACAGUGAAGUUUGUGGGUUUUUUUUUUUUUUUGGAUGAGAGAAGCAGACGUGACAUACUAACCUCUAUGUACAUAUUUUUUUAAAAAGCUGAUAAUAUACGGGUGCAGGGGAGUUUGUCUCCUGGCUUUUAAGCGUUUUAUUUUAAAAGUGCACGAUUGUAUGUCAAAACAAUCCCGUUUUUAUAGGGAUUUGUCCAAAAGAAAAAACAAUGGUUUUUUUUUUGUCAUGUGCUGGUAUUACCGGGUUAUUAAUUUUUGAGGGCAAUUUUUGGUGAAAGAAACAUGUACAUAUCUUCUUUCAGAAGUUAUUGUCUUAAACAUGUGGAAAAAAGGCGGCCUUUAAAAAUACAGAUACGAAUAUGUUCAAAAUACUGAGGAAAUUUGAACAUUGUCAAGCAGCAAUAUGCAACAGAUGUUUCAUUUUGAGGCAAAGUUUGAGUGAAAUAAAUUCACCAUUUUGUUCCAUUUGGGAGGAAAUACAAAAAAGGAAAGAAUUCAUGAAUUAUAAAAGAUGGUCAGAAUUAACAUAUACAAAUCUUGGAAGAUUUUUUUUGAAUUUUUUUUUUUAUUUCUUAAUCACAGUGUUUGAAGAAUGAAAACAAAGCGAAGCGCUUUUUCUGUGUAUAUAUAAUAAUAUAUUUAUAUAGAGACAUUAAUAAAGUCCUGUAAUAUAUACGAUUGUGCCCAAAUCAUGGAAAUUUAUUCAGUGAUUAGCCAUAUCAAAAAUGAGCAGCUGUUGGAAGUUAUUUUGAUUGAGACUUAAGACAGAAAAAUCAUGUCACCUUUUAAUAAUGUUUUUUAUCCCAAAAUGGUUUUAGUAAUGUUUUAUCGAACAUUUGUGACGCAAAAAAGAAUUGACUUAUGCUGCAUUUUGAUCUAAUUCCUGACUUUUUUUUUCUCAUUUUAAGAAUUUUAUUCAAACUGGAUUUGUCCAAAACAUCUGUUGCAUAUUUCUGUUGGAUUGCCUUUGUCUCGGCUCACUUUGUGUUCAGUGAAUGAUAUCAGAAAGAUACUUUUAAGGAAGGUUUUCAAAUGUUUUAUUGACCUUUAUGUCAAGAUGAGUAUAACACGUCUCAGCACUUUGUCAUGUCUUUAGUGUGUCUGUCCCAAGUUGUAUGAGGUUGUCACUCAUUUUUUUUUUUAAACUUGUGAAUUAAUUAAUUAACGUAUGUGUAAGAGUUUUUCCGUGUUUGUUUUAACGAUUAUAAGUAUUAUAAUUAAUCAGGACGUGGUGCAUGUGCAGAGGUGACAUACACGUAAGCAGCUGGACUCCCUAAUGAAAAAGGGGGACAAAAAUGACGUGCCAUAGUUUGUCCAAAUUGUGAUCAUCAAUUAAUUACUCAGAGUAGACAAGUGAUAGUUCGAUUGAGGCGGUGUAGAGAAAUACUCGGGCUUAUAACGAGCCUUUUUUAAGAUGAUGGCGAUUCGUUGUCCCUUUUUUCGAAGAACAUUCUGACCAGUUGGCCAAUCUGAAACUAGAAUUUUGUCUUUCUUGGCCUUAUCUGGACAUCAUCUCGCAAAAUAUUCGGCUGAAAUAGUUUUCAAAAUGGGAUGGCACCCCUUAAUCAAAAACAAAAUUUUGGACAUUUGUGGUAUUAAGGGCAAAGGGAAAGAGUGCAGGGUGAAUAUUUUAAGUAACUUUUCCAAAUGGAAAUUCUUGUACAUGUUUAACGACGACAAGAUUUUCACGGUCACAUUUUAAAAGAGACCUAUUUUGGUUUACUUGUCCUUGCACUUCAGCAUGUAUUGAAAAUGGAAAUCGUAAAAAAUCGAGGUUUUCUUUUUGCUGUAGAUUGAAACAUUGUUAGCAGCCAAAAUUGGUAUGAUCCAUUUUCCCUUUGGCCAAGUUGGAACCAUCCUUGUGCCCAACCAUUCUUGUUACCCAACUGGGAAUGAACUCAGCACCCAACUUCUUUCUCCUCUGUCUCGGGCCGUGUCCGAAUCGCUUGGCCACAGCCGGAAAUAAUGCACGAGUCCAUGGCUGCAGCCGCUAGCCAGUGGCUACCAUAGGUGCGUGUGCGAUUCCCGGUCGUAGCCAAGUGAUUGGGAUACGGCUCUCUAUUAUGUAAACAGCCACAAAGCAGUUGGGUUAUUUCUACUUCACUACACUGCCUUGUUUUGAAAAUUCUAGGCUCCUUUGGGUCCAGCUGGUUUUACUGAAUGUUUGCGUACAGCAUUACAUUACGAUUUUUUGUACAGUAUAGAAACAUAACACGGAGGAAAACAAGAGAGAGAGCAGAGUUUACGACGAUAAUAUUGCUGUUAGCAGUGUUUCUAUAUAUAAAUAUAUAUAUACGUAUUGUCUUACACUAAAAAAUAAAACACGCCAGUAAUAUACGGGUGGAUGGAA